AAGAGACACUCGCAUAAACAAAGAGCAUCAUACUACACAGCUCAUUACUUGAGGCUCGUAAUUUUGUUCACACAAUUCAUGUUUAUCAAUUGAGUUCGGAAAAAUUUCCCUUUGUGAUUAUUUCAUGAGUAAUAUCGAACUUUUUUUUCCAAGUUAGCGCUAGCAACUUACAAGUCAUUGUUCUCCGACACAAAACCAAGUGUGACCCGAUGUCGAACAGUAUAUUUUGCGUCGUAUUCCACUGCAUAUCCAUCUACUACUGCACUCAAAUCAUAUGUUUGGUUGUAAAUAAAAAACUAUUGCUCAAAAACAACACAUCAUUGUGUGUCAGUCUGAAUUUCAUCACACAGUGCAGGAGAGUUUCAAAUACAUCGCACAUUCUAGAAUACAGCGUCGAUUGCACUGUAGAUGUGCAUAUAAGCAAAAGAGAAUCGAAGAGUAGGUUCAUUUGUUGUUGAAUCGUUCACGAAGAAACAUCGUAGUUCGCCAAGCUCAAAGAUUUUUAUCAGACAAAAACAUAGCAAGUGUUAAACGAUAACGAAAAAUAAAAACAAAAAUUUUAGACCGAAAAAAGUGAAACAAUUUUCAAGAUGCGUAUUUACAAGAUUUGUGUCGUGAAUAAUUUGGCGGAGACAGCAGGUGAAAUGUUUGCAGUUAAACCGUAUUUGGAAACUUUCGAUAGUUUCAAGGAUGAGAUUUUCAUUCGAAUGCCGGAGCUGAAGAGUCAAGCACUGAAAAUUUACUACCAAGAUGCUGAUGGUGACCAUGUUACCAUCUUUAACGCAUUGGACUUUGAUAUCUUCAAAGAGCAAGGGAUCAACAAAGUGUUUGUUGUGAAGAGUGGUCCGGUAAAGACGGUUCAAUUCCAAGAAAAACCGACUGUCGCAUCGACUGCAUCGACCUCUGCACCGAAUCGUGCACAUCAUGCUAAUGUCAUUUGCGAUAGUUGCGACAAGGAGAUUUAUGGCUAUCGUUACAAGUGCUUGGAAUGUCAUGAUUUUGAUUUGUGCAUGGAAUGCGAGCCAAAAUCGCAUAAUCAUCAUUUGAUGAUUCGCAUCGCCGAUCCACAAGAUGCGGAAAUUUGCUACAAAUCCAAGUUGGGAAAACGGUUCUUGCGUCAUCGCCGCAGCGAAAGCCUCUGCUCCAAACCGGAGGAAAAAAUCGGAAAACAUCAUCACCACCAUAAGCGACAUGCAUCAAGUGUAUCUGUACGCCCACCGCAUCCAUUCGGUGACAUUGUUUAUGGCGUUUUACAAUCACUUGCUGGCACCAAUAAUGCCAAUCAGAAUACGAAGGCAGCUACAAAUACCGCAGCACCGAGCCAAGGUAGUAGCGAUGAAAAUCAAUCGAAAAAUGGCGCAGCACCACCAAAAGCAGCCCAGCCAAUUAUAACUCCAACAAGCGCUCCAUCUUAUGGUUUCACGAUUGAAAAUCCAAAUUCCAACCCAAAACCACCUUGCGUACCAUUGAAACAAAGCAUUGACAUGUUGUCUCAUAUGGCACACAAUUUUGCAGCAAUGAUGGAUCCAUUUGCCGCUUAUAUGGAUCAAAGCGCCAGCGCAAGUGCAUCAUCAGCUGCAACCGCAGCAGCCACUGCAGCAACAGCUGCUGCUGCUACCACCGCUUCAGCAGCCAGUGCUACUAAUUCGACUAAUACAGCCGCUUCUUCGGCCAACACUGAAAACGAAUCGAUGACCACUGAUCAAGAAGCAUCCACCGCUGAUAAGGCGCCAAACAAAGUGAUUGUUGAUGCUAUGGUCAUCGAUUGCAGCGAUGAUGAGGAUGAAGAUCUUCGCAAUCUGGUUACAUCACUUCACGUUGCUCCAAAUCCAACGAAAGACAACGCACCAGAGGCUAACAAGAAGGAUGAAAGCGUCACUUCGAUUGAUAACGACAAAGGUUCACCAACUCGUGAAUGGACUUUCAUCGAACGCAACGAAAUUGCCGAUUCGGCCGGUACAUCGGUUUCCAGCACUGGAGCAAUUCCAAAAAAAUCAACUCCACCACAACAGACCGAAAUUGCUGACAGUGGCAAGGUCGACUAUGCUGAAUUGUCACGUUUGUUGAACACUCACAUCAAUGCCCAGAAAGAAGAGGCACCGAUCGUUCCACCACAAACUGAGGAAAAGGCAAAGGCCGACAGCAUUGACAAUGGCGCUAAAUCGACCAAAACUCCACCACCAACUCCAAUGCAUCCAGACGCUCGUGUAAAUGAAGCAUUGACCGCCAUGAUGGCCAUGGGCUUCAGCAACGAAGGUGGAUGGUUGUCUCAACUUUUGGAAACGGUUGACGGAAGCAUUUCCAAUGCUCUAGACCUUUUGCAACCCCAGAAAUAAAAUGCAUACCCAUUGCAUUGAUCGAAUGGACUUGUCGGAAUAUGGACGAAUUUAUGCUGACUAAAUAUUUCAUAUUUUUUUCGACUUCUUUUUCGUAUUUUAUCACACGUAUUAUAUGCAAAGCUUUGCAAUUAUCAACAUUUUUUCCUAUAUAAACCAAUAUUUGUGGAUUUUUAAAUUUAUUCAAAAGGUGUUGGGUCCUGUGGAUAGUUUAGAGUUCACAAAAUAGAAUUUUAAUCCUUCAAUAUUCAUAUUGACGAAGCAUUAGAAAAAUAAUGAUGAAAUACAAACAAAAAAAUCAACAAAAUGUUAAAAUUACAAAAAAAAAUCCUAAUGUUUAUGCAAGAUUAUAUACUAUGCAAAUGAAUAAAACAAAAUAUCUGCAGACAAAAA